AUGGCUUCCCAGCAGCAGAAGCAGCCCUGUACUUUCCCUCCCCAGGAGCCAUGUGCUCCCAAAACCAAGGAGCCCUGCCAUCCCAAGAUGCCAGAGCCUUGCCAUCCUAAGGUGCCAGAGCCCUGCCAUCCCAAGCUGCCAGAGCCUUGCCAUCCCAAGAUGCCAGAGCCAUGCCAUCCCAAAGUGCCAGAACCAUGCCAUCCCAAGGUGCCAGAAUCUUGUAUAACCACUCCAUCUCUAUCUCAAGAGAAGUGCCCACAGGUCCCCAAGACCAAGCAGAAGUAA